ACCCUAACCUAAAAAUUAUUGUUUUUUAACUUAAGUUGGCUUAGUUGGUAUACCGGUAAGUCUAUAUAUUCCUCGAUAGUGACCAAACAUAUAGGAAGUCUACUGCAACUAUCCUUCAUAUUUAAAUAACUAUGCAAUAAAAGUUAAAUUAAUCCCACACAUUAUUUAAUCCUCUUCCGCUUUUUUUUAUAGCAGCUUGUCCCCAAUGCACUCCCCAUGGAAUUGUAGAGUUUUUAACAGACAUUAUUCACGCCUGAAAGUAAAUUGCACUUGUUUACUGCAGUUUGCUUAGCAAGCACUUUGCAACUAAUUAAUUUUUUUUCCAUACAGAUUGUAGCAAAUAGAGUCGCUAAUUAUGUGCAUUAAUUUUCAAACCUUUCCUGUACGUCCCGUGGCGGUGUGAUUUCAAAACUACUAACGCGCGGAAUGCGCGAGUGACGUCACGACGAGAUUCCGCGAUCUUCCGGCAGGCGUCGCGUCGGUCGAGAAGAUGGCGGUUGUGGUGGAGAGGCGAGAGCGAGAGAAAGUCGAGCAAUGUUGGAAUUAGAAGUUCACAAUUCAGUGUUGUGCGUGAUGCCGUCCGAGAAGAGAAGGUUCAUUUUGUGAUCUUCCGACAUUCGUCCACUUCGUCUAGUUCCGAGUGAACAGUGAGUCCGCGCCGCUUUUGCAAUGCGAAGGAUUUUAUUCGCGAUGCGUUUUGGCCAUUCCGUAAAUACCUCGGUGAUGUAUUUGUUUUGUUGAUACUGAAAACGUGCCGAAUUUUUUUUUGUAGGCGCGUCAUUGAAGUUCUUUUUUUUUUUAUGAAUGUUUUCCUUUUGUUUAUCGGCCUUGACGUCGUUUUGACCAAAUUUCUGGCGUGUCAUGCCACGGGCCCAUUCGAACGUGCGAGACGCGAGCUCGCGGACGUAGCCAGCGGGACCCGUCGGGAGUGCGGGAGAGCGGAACAUGGUCCCGGGUCUGGGACGCAGCCCCCUCGCCGUGCCCCGCCCCGGCAGAGCCGUCACCUAGCCAGGGCGCGCCGCGAUGUUCGUGAAGGCGCCCAGGGACCCGGAGCAGGACAGCUGCCCGCUGUCGCCGCUCAAGCCGAACCGAGUGGCUGGGUCGUCGUGCCAGGCGCUGAGGCACGCCGUGGCGGCGCUCAACAGGCUCGACGACUUCAACUGCGAGAAGAUCGGCACGGGCUUCUUCUCCGAAGUGUUCAAGGUGACGCACCGCGCCAAUGGACAAGUGAUGGUGCUCAAGAUGAACCUGCUGCGCUCCAACCGACCCAACAUGUUGAAGGAGGUGCAGCUCAUGAACCAGCUGUCGCACCCCAACAUCCUCGCGUUCAAGGGGGUGUGCGUUCACGAGGGACAGCUGCACGCGCUAACCGAGUACAUCAACGGCGGCAGCCUGGAGCAGCUGAUCCAGAACAGGGCCCAGGAACUGCCCCACCUCACCCGCAUGCAGCUGGCCCUGGACAUGGCGAGGGGCGUGGAGUACCUGCACUCCCGGCGGGUCUUCCACCGCGACCUCACCUCCAAGAAUGUACUGAUCAAGAGAAACGAAGAGACUGGAGAAAUGACUGCUGUCGUUGGUGACUUUGGCUUGGCAGCCAAGAUUCCUGACUCGUUGGAUGUGCGGUUGCCUACGGUUGGCUCCCCCUACUGGAUGUCCCCCGAGUGUCUCAAGGGCCAGUGGUAUAACGAGAAGUCGGACGUGUUCUCGUACGGCAUCAUCCUGUGCGAGCUGAUAGCGCGGGUGGAAGCCGACCCGGACAUCCUGCCCCGCACUGCCAACUUCGGGCUGGACUAUCUGGCCUUCACGGAGCUGUGUGGGUCGUGUCCUCCGGACUUCCUCAAGCUGGCGUUCUCCUGUUGCAACUUCGAGCCCAAGAACCGUCCGUCGUUCCCGGACAUAGUGGGGCAGCUGGAGGGCAUGGUGGCUGACUGGAAGCGGAGCCUGGAGGCUGCCGCGUCCCCAGCCGUGCUGGCCGCCUCUCCCGAGGACGGCUCCAAGGCCAGGAAGAUGGCCGCACGCAGCGAGGAGGUGAUAUCCACCACCGAGGCGUGCGACAACGCAGACUUCACGAGGCAGCCGCUCAAGAAGAAGCUGAGCCACCGACGCUCGCUGUCGGAGGUUGUGUUCCCCCCUCACACGGCGCCCAGCGACAAGGCGCGCUGCCACUUCCUGUCGUCGCGCCCUCCCUCCGAGGAGGAGCUCCUGAAGCACGUGGGCGAGAUCAUGUGCCGCGAGGAUCCGCACUACCAGCCGCCGCCCGUCGCCGAGCGCACCAACCCCUUCGCCGCGCUCUCCCAGUUCCGCGGCGUCAAGAAGAUCCUGGGUGGCGUGAACAAGAGCAGCGCCGGCGCCUCCGACCUCUUCUCGUCCUGCUUCGAGCUGCCGUCGCCCUUCUACGGGCCCACGCCGCCCACCACGCCCAUCGCCGACCCCUGCUCCCCGCCGGGCUGCCCCUCGCCCCCCGCCCCGUCGCUGUCGCUGCCCGCGUCGCCCACGCUGUCGCGCCGCCGGGGGCCCGAGGCCGGCGCCCGGCCCGGGCCGUCCAAGGCCACCCACGACCCGGCGAGGGCCAAGAAGGCCAGCACCGCCGCCUCCCUGUUCGUGCACCCCCUGUUCAGGAGCUGCGAGGCGUGCCGUGGCACCCAGCUGCGAGGCUGCUCCUCCAGCCUCAGCCUGGUGGACCCCGCCUCGCUGCCCGACACGGCCCUGCGCCGGCACGGCUCCUGCGAGUCGGGCUUCUUCAGCAGCGUGGGCGAGGACUACGGCCCGUCGGCGGCCGAGUGCGUGCCGGCCUCCGCCACGCUGUCCUCCUCCGCCGCCUCCUCGCUCUUCCUGCUGGACGACUCGGCGGUGUCGAGUGGCGAGCUGGGAGACCUGGACGACCCCGCGCCCCCGCGGACCCUCCCCUCGCUGCUGUUCGCCGCCAAGCGCUGCUCGUCCGUGUACACGGACAGCUGGGAGGACGUGUCCAGCCUGGGUGGCGACCCCUGCUGGGAGGAGCGGCCGCAGCAGAUCAGCAAGUACGUGGAGUACUUCGAGAGGAUCGGCGCCGACAUCAACGCCAGCUCGUCGCGGGCGAGGGGGCUGCCCUCCUGCCCCAGGCACCGGCGGGACGACGCCUUGUGCCGCGCGUCGGCGCUGGAGAUGGCGCGGCGGCUGGAGAGCACCGGCCUGGACGACGCCGUGCGCUCGUCCAAGAUCGCGCUGCUGAGGAGGAAGCUGGAGCGCGGCAUGGCCACGGGGAGUGGUUCCUCGGCCAGAGCGACGGUGCCGGGCGUGGAGGGACGCGUAGCUUGCGUCAAGCGGGCGGUCAAUGCCACUCAGCGGCUCAUGAUCUGCGAGGGUGCCGUCAAGUCCAAACUGCCUUUGUUCGACAAGAAGUGAGUUCUUCGAGCAGCAAGUAUGUGUGUGUCUUAUGUUUAGUUGAACAUUCGCGAAGCCCAGGAUGCAAAGAUGAAGGGUUGAUUUCAUCCUGAAGUCUGUUCUUGCAAUAUUUUACUAAUAAAGAUGCCAAUUGUGCUGUGCAAAUUUAUUUAAACUGAGUGGUUUUUUAAUAGUCAUUUGUUAAGAAACUAAUAAUGAGAAAGCAGGCAGUUUGUUAGAAACCUUGUCGCUUACAUUAAUCUGAUACAUAUCCAGCCAAAGAUAAAGAUUUAACUUCUAGGCCUAACAAAUAGGUGUGUAUAGUUACUUUCUGAUUAGAAUUAGUUUUUUAACUGAUAAUGAUGUAAUUUAGCUCCCAUUUUAAAGUUUUUUUUUUUAGUAUAUUCGUUCCUGUUAUGAACAUGGUUAUAUUUUUUUUCACUCUUCCGGUGAUAAGGAUAAUUGCAGUGAAUGCUUUAGUUUUGGUGCUAGUUGCAAAUAUGAAGUAGUGCAUUUAAUUUGUGGCUUUGCCGAGUACUUCAGAAUAGCAAGCAGUGGUAUUCUUCACCUUUCGUCUUAAUUGUGGCUUACUCUUGGACACAGUCUUUUAAGAGCUUGCUUGGUGAUAAAUGUCACACUAGAAGAAUACUACAGUUGUCAUGUCGUGGUGGCAUGGAUUGGCGUAGCAGUUUGUUCAGUAGGUCACAAAAUCUCUUAAAACAGUUGCAUUGGCCUCAAAUGGGAGCUACGUUCUUCAGUAUUGUGUUUAUUUGUCUAUUUAUUUAUUUCUAUUACAGUACUUCAGCACUACUCGGUAAGGAGCAUGUUGUGACCUUAAUAAAUUUGCAUUGGAGUGUUAGCCAUGUUAAUGAAAUUACUGUUAUUAAUGUUGUUGAGUGUUUGUGAAUGCGUUGAAAUGAAUUUUACAUAUCUAGUUACUAAUUUGUAGCAAGGUGUUUUAAAUACUACACAGUCAUACCAUCUGACACUUAUUCAUUACUUGUUGUGUGUUUUUGUAUGUGAGCAUACUGUCCUCCUGUCCAUUGAACAGGUAAAGAUGCUAAAUUUAUUUUUUAUGUUAAUAUCCCCUCCCCCCUUUCUCCCACCUCACGCCCCCUCAAGUUUUGUGAGCAUAAUAUUAAAUCUUUUGUCAGCUUGCAUUAUAAAAACAGUUUUGUGACAAACUUUAUACAUGCAGGAAGCAAAUGGUGGCAUGAGAAUCAUAGAUGUAGUAAAUGCUGAAAUUAUAUACAAAAGAUUUUUCUUUAUUUUGUAUAUGUGACAAUCUCAUAUCUUACUAAGGUUAUUGCAGCAGUAAAAAAAAUUAAAACAUGUAUACAAGUACUUAGGAUAAGUUUCAUUAACUUUAAUAAUUUUAUAGGAGAGAGUUUAGGUCAGAAAGCCUUACUUCACAGAGUUUUUUUAUUUAUAAAAAGCUCUGUUUACUAGUCCACCAGAAUAUGGUGCGCUUAAUUGAUAACAAUUGGUGCUCCUUAUUGCUUUGUUAAUUGGACACAAUAAAAUAUUUAUAAAUAAUUAAAUGUAUACUUCUCCUUGGUGGUUAAUUAUUUUGUAACUUCUUUCCUCGUAACAACAAAAUAUGUUAUUUAGACUGUCGGUCUCAGUACACAUAUUUUUGAUGGAGAACAAAGCUCUGUUGGGUGUAACAUCUGCUUCAGAAGCAAUUGCCAAUCUUUGUAUCUUGCAUGUCUCCUUUCCAUUAAUAUUCUGAGCACCUUUUGUACGUACAGACAGUGUUUCACUUCCACGUGUGUACUCUAUUAUCGCCCAGCUGUGGACACCACGCACGCGUGCCUUGCCGAAGUUCUCGUCAAUACUCACUGUUCCUCUUCAGUUUCACCCGCUGCUUGCUUGUGCAGUUCACUUGCAAGGUGUGGAUCCUGGAACACAUCCAUCAACGUGGUUUUUGUCCUGUGGCUCUUUCUUGUCCUCAUCUGGUUCCACUCUUAUCUCCCGUUCGUUCAUUCAUAUUUUUCCCUCUUGCACUCAUUUUCUGUUCCUCAGUUACAGGUUACAGCCAAAUCAAAACUUUACCAAAGACAGUUGCUGUAUUUUAUUAUAUUGCUCCAUUUAUAGUUUGUUCGUUGUACUUUCGUAUGUAAUUUUUUUUGCACUAAAAUGGCAUUUCUCGCAACAGCUUCGUUUUACCCCAAAUCAUUUGACUUUGUAAGGAAAUAGGGUGAAGAGUUCCUCAUUCUAGAGUUACACAUUCUGUUGCUGUCAUAGAAGGUUUUAACAAAUGACUCUGUUGUAGCACAUAAACAUACAACAAUAUUAUUACCUCAGUUUGUGUGUUAUUUCUCAUACCAAAUGAGUAUAAUUAUUUUCUCAUCAAGGAAAAAUAAUAAAUGCAAUUGAUUUUGGUCAUUGGCACCAUGUUGGUGGAUACAUCAGUCUUCCUUACCAAAAAAUAACCUGCAUGUAUAAAGUUGUUCUCAUUUUUUAUGUGAGUGUUCAUGCGAAGCGGCAAUCUGUUUCCUAGUAGAACCAAUACGUCCCAACUUUACCGUAUUUACCCGUGUACGGGUCGCAGAUCUUUAGCCAAUUUUUUUGUUUAUUAAAAUGUACUGUGACCCAUAUGCGAAAAUUUUCAUUUUGGGUAAAAAAAAAAUUAACAUUGCACUGUUGUGGUUGACUAUAUGUUUCAAUAACUAACCUGUGUUGGUUUUUAAUAAGUAUAUCACAAGUAAAUAUAAAUAUUUUUAUUAAAAUGUCUCAGCAGUGAGAGUGAAGCAUCAUUAACUGCGCUGUUAAGCCACCCCCUCCCUCGUCAUCAUGAACUGGCACCGUACACAAUUAUCAUGUCUAUCUCUGCAGGUUUUUGUGACACAACUGUGCGUUUUUUGCAUCAGAUUUUGUACGCUCUCUACUGCAACAUUUCAUUCAUGGCAAAAAUUGCCGUAAGAGGUGCGCAUGUUUUUAUUGAAGAAACUGACAAAAAAAAUUUGACAAGAAACUAGCCUGCUGUCUUUUCUCUCUUGGGGAAGGCGGGAAGGGGAACAUGGGUAUAUAAAGUAGCAUUUUUUUUUUCCUUUGUAUUUUUUGUUAGAUAGUGCUAGGGUGAAGGGGGGAGGAUGGACCAUAGAGGAUGAAGAGGGAAAAGACAAAGGGAAGGACAUCAGUACCAUUUUUACUUAACAGUAAGCUGAGACACGGACCAUAAAGACUUCACUUGUAUUCUAGAGAAGACAGUUUUAUGGCGCGACUCAUUCGAGGGUGACCCUUACAGUGAAAAUGUUAGAUUUUUGCCCAAAAUUAAGGGUGCGACCGAUACGAAGGGGCGACUUUUCUGCGGGUAAAUACGGUAACUGAUUUUUUGGCUCGUCGGCAUGAAUUGAUGAGAACCUAUGUGGGAGCAGGUUCAACAAGACACUACACCUGUUAAUCUCUGCAAUCUGCCAGUUGUGUUGUUGAAGCACCAACUAUUGUCCAGGGUGCAACUCCUUGUUUUGUCUUCCAGUGACCUUGUCUCGUUGUGGAUGGUGUUCAACAUAUCAUAAGCGUGAUAGUGUGGGUAGCUGUUGAACAUUGUGAUUUGUUUGCUUACCUCAUAAGGCAUUACCUCUGUGGGAAAUGGUGUGGCCUUCUUUAACCACAACUUCGUAUGUAUUUUUAAAAGUUCCGCAGAAGGAAUUUGGUUUAUGACAUCCUUAAAACAACAUAGUGAAACUUUGUGUAUUCUUGAAUCACAUUUUUCAAUAGGCAGGCUACAGUAUUUGUUUGUGUUUUUGAAAGGUUGAUUCAAAUAUUUGUAAUAAAAAAAUAAUUGUACUAUUUUAAUCAAGGAUUUUUUUAAUUGGUGUAUGAAUUUUAAAAAAAAUAUUGGUACAAUUUGGAAAACUUUACUUGCAAUUAAAUAGCAGUGUAAAUGAAAUUCUAGAAACUUCUAAACUUAUUCCAACAAUAAGAUAACCUAGUGAAUCUUGGUAUAUUUAAUUGGGGUUAAGUAAAAAGGAAAUUGGAGUCACAGAUGUUUUAGUGCAAAUCACUGAAUGGUUUUUCAAUGGUAAAUUAAAAUGCUAUUAUUUUAUGAGGGCUAGAACAAAUAUUUAAUGUGAUGUAAUCCUGUCCAAUUAUAUUAUCAAUUCUGAAAAUACUUUGUGUAUUUUAUGUUUUGAAUGUGUGUUAUUACUCAUAUUGUAUAAAACUACCAAGUUUGGUUACUGUGUUUGGCAUUAUUGGGAAAUAAUAUCAUAGUAACAUUAUUUUAUUGUUCAACUUUUUGAUUUGUGCAUUAUUUAGAUAUUUCUUUACAAGUUGUCUUUGUGAUUUAACUUAUAGUUUAAUUUAGUUUGUUUGCAGUUUUGUUCAGUGUGAUCUAGCCUCUCUUUGAAGAUAACCGUCAUUGCCAGUUGAAUGUGGUUGUUUCUUCACAGGUAUAAUGUUUUUUUAACAGCAGUGAACUUGGUUGGCAGCUUCCUUUAGGGUUCUAAGGAGUGCAGCUCUUGCUUUCAAAAGUUUCUUAUUAAAUAAGUAUAUUGUUAGUGACCGUUUAUAGUUGUAAUAUUUUUUUUAUACAUUGCAAACUGCCAGUGUGAAUGAUUCCACUCGUACAUAUGCUAACGUACACCUAUGUGUAUCACGCCAGCAUGUCGAACGAGCAUUGUCGCUUUGGCUUGCAGCCCAGGUGUCUUUGUCUGAUCCUUGCUAAUGCGUCGAACAGUUGAUCAAGUGUAAAGAUACUCAGUUUCGUUGAUGAUAUUAACUACCUUAUAGUUGUACAUACAAAUGUGGCAGCUCAAGUAUUGUUUUCCUUCAGUUUUAAUGUGCAGGAAUUGUUCACGAUUCAUUUUCUUUGAGUGAAUCGACCUGUGCCCCGUGCCGUCGUUUUUCCCCGCUGAGUCACCACAGUGCAGUAAGAUCAGAGGUCCGUAGCUUAUAUUAUCUAUAUUUGUUUGUGUAUCCUGCUUAUUUAACGUAUUUUGCAAGUGCAUGACAAUCUCGUACACUUAUGAUGGUUGUGAGGGAAAAAUAUAUAUACGUCCUUUUGUUUUAACUUUUGUUAACUGGUUUUCAUUUGAUGUGCAAAAUAAAACCAUAAAAAAUAAAAAAUAAAAAAUUUGUGGUUAGACAUUAACAAUAGAGUUAGAAAAAUCGUAAAAUAGAUAUUCUCACAUGAUUUUGGCAAACAAAUUUAAAAAAAAAAAAAAAAAAGAUACUUCAACUGAAGGAAGACGGAAAUAAAUAUGCGUGCUUAUUUUAUUACCAGUUAGGUGGUAAAAGUAUUAGACUAUUGAAAGUUAUUUUUCCGACAUAAGAAAAUUUCUUGAAUGUACGUGAUCCAUAAUUGUUUCAUAGAGCAUGUACUAGGUAUGUAGCUGCAACAUUACGUCCAAAACAUGUUUAUGAUCUUGGUAAUUCAUUCGUGCUUACUUUUGGGCAACAAAGUGUAUAUUUACUCAAAUUUGAAUCAUGCGCAGUGGGAAUGUAUCUUGCAGGCUCUAACGUGUCCCCAUCCCCGGGGUGGAACUGCAUCUUGUCAGCAGCUUCAUUUAACAUUUAACAUUUAACUUUAAAAAAUUUCUGAAAACAGCGCCUGACCAUUUACCUCAGCUCCAACCACAACUAGUAAUGGGCCAAAAACAAACAUACAAGCAUUUGACUGGUAAAUAAGUCAAAAGAAAGCAAGACAUUUAGGAUGCAUGAUAGUAGUAAAUGGAAUUCAAACUCACUAAAAAAGUUGCUAAACAUUUAAUAUAAAUAAUAAGAUAUAAACAAAUGUGGAAACAAACAAUCUACGUAUUGGCAAACAAUUUAAAAUUACUUUUACAAUGGAUUUAUCAAAGAAUUACCAACUAACAUUUAAUUGCAUGUGCAAGAGACAAAGCAAUAAUUCAAUUAUAAAUUAUUUGUUUCUCUAGCCACACAUAAGCAAACUAGAUUAUUCUGCCAAGUAUGACAAAAAAAUACCAUAACUUUAAUAGGUACAAAUUGUUUAGACACUUGAAAGCAUCUUAAAAAUAUUUACUAAAAUUAUUAUAAACGUUUGUAGAUACAACGUAAUUUGGGGAGCUUAAAAAAAUAUUAAACUAUUUGUUACACAAAAAAGUCUAACUAAAAGAUUACUAAAAAGUUAUGCCAGCAUAAUCAACUUAAAAGAAAGGUCCAUUGUGAUUCAUGAUGUAUUUCAUGUGCAGAAACGUCUUAAAAAACAUCACAGUUAUCUGUGAUUUCGAAACGGGCCAUGCCCAUUAAUUUCUCUUUAAAAUACACAAACGGUUUUGUUUGGGUUUCAAUGGCUUUUAAGUCGGCAAAUAGGGAGGCUGCCCCUCCCCCCCUCCCCCUUACUUGUAAUUGCUAAGUCCAGAGUUUGGAACAGCAUUCGCUUGAGCGAAGUAAGUCAUGCCUCAAGUUGCAGUAGGUAAAAAGGACACAAAAACACUGUUAAAUACUUGAGCAGGUUUCACUGUCUGCUUCCUUGUAGCAGCCCAACAUGUUUUUUUUUCACAAUUCCGCUGGCAAAUAUCCACUUCAAAUUUUGACACGGAAAUCUUGCUCGCGCAACUUGUAAAGUACAGGAACGUAACUUGGCUAAACGUUCUGCUAUUAAGUUCGUUACACAUCCUUGUAUACACAAUAACCUUUAUUAAAGUUUCAUUCACUGCAUUGUACCGAAUACGCCUUAGAAACCUGUGUGGCACACUGUCUGCGUGCCACAAUCGCCGGCCUCGGUUUUGACUGCCUCACAUCCAUACCCACACACUGGCUGUGCCUCACGCCAAAACAUCACUGGUACUUUCGGGAGUUUAUAUUUGCACAUGUGAAUACAAAUAUAAAUAACAAUAAAUGCUUAAAGUGUCUAUGCUCCCCAAAAAAAUUAUAUAUAAAUAACAUUACCAUUUAAAAGUUAGAUGAAAAGUUAAGUAUAGACUUAAACUAAAAUAAAGUGUCUAUUUCUCCGAGCUUCCAGCUCAUUCCAGUCUUUUUAAAGUUAUUGCCAACCUGAUAUAUUAGGAACCAAAUUUACCAGAAUUAAAUAAAAUUAAGUUAUUAACAAGUAAAGGGAAUAAACUAAAUUACAAGAGUAAUUAAAUAAAACUGAUUUUAUUAAAAUAAUCAGAAAAUAAGUUCAAUAAUUAAGAAAUGAAAUACAGUUGGAGGUGAGGUGGAUUUAUGCUGUUAGAUAUUCGUUUAAAAUUAAAACUUGUUGUUUAUAAAGUGAAAGUUACAAAGUUGGCAGUCGGAGCGCACUUGUAUCCUGAGCUGGGUGGAAUGGUUACCCCAAUGUGGGUGGGCUGCAGACUUGACAAUAAUGACAUCAGAAAAAUUACAAUAACUUUUAGUUUCCCUGGUUUUUCCUUGGGUUUUGAUUGUCUAAUUUGGUUUAAGUGACUGACGGUUACAUAGGUGUAUGUAUUUUUCGUUCUUUAUUAUGUAAUGUUACUAAACGUAGAAAAUUGUAGCUCCUGUGAAAAAUUAAUUUAAAAAUGCCAAAACGAAAAUUGUAUUUUUGUUUAUAUCUAGUGUUGUUGAUUACUCCGCUAAACAGUGUUUUUCAAUUUCCACUGGAUUUCAAAACCCUAAAGUGGGAAUGCCAUGAAGUCUUGGCGAAAUUGUGAAGUAAAUAUAAUUGAAAACCAGAAAGUAUUAAUGCAUGGUUAUGAUACUAGCUAUAAGAGUAUAAUGAAAUAUUUAAAAAACAAUUUUCCAUGAAUACUUACUUGUUUUCAAUUCUCUAAAUGACACUGUUUUCCCUGUAUUCAAAGCACUUCAGGACUACAUAUUUUCCAGAAUCCAGUAAAUAGUUUAAAUUCCAUUUUUUUUUUCUCAAUAAUUUUAACAAUUUAACAAUUUUAAAGAACAUUUUAAAUUUACCUGACAAACAUUUCACUUCAAUUACAAUCACCUAAAUACUACCAAAUCCGCAAAAAAAAAAAACCAUUACAUAACAUACCCUUCUUGGAUGAUUCAUACAAGGUUAAAUAAUACAAAAUACAUAAAACCACACAAAAAUCUCACUUUUUCCUAGUCAUCAUAAAUGCUUAAUGAGACUCAUUCACACACUAAUAUUCUUAGAAAAAAAAAUCUGUUGUACAAAGAAUGCAGUACGUAUGUACUAGGUUAAAUAAUAGUGAAAUAUGACACAAUUUCAUAUAGUUAGUCUCUAAAAAAACUUGCUGCUACAUUUUCUGCAAUGACAAAAUCAAUAUAUACGUGACAUACUAGAUCUGUGAAUAACAUUAAUCAUACAUUCACAACUGUAAAUUUGCUCCACCUUGUACAUAUUCUAGAAUUUUAUCCAAACCUUAAAUUUAAGAAAACAUAAAUGUUCAAGUACACAAUGAAAAAAAAUCAAAGAAUAGAAUACAAAAAUCAAUAUAAACAAUUAUUUUACAUAUUUGAAUUUUAUCUGAAAUUAUUACAAAACUAUUUAACACCAUGAGCUAUUAGAUUUUUUUUUAUUUUUCUCCCAAGGAGACAAAUCACAAAUCUCGUAAAAAUAAUAUAUGUAUUUCAGGAUCAUGGAAAUGGUAAGAAAACAUAAUCUUUCCAGCAAAUAUUGACAAUUGCAGGAGCCGCUAAUUUUCCACAUGUACCCUAUUAUUUUUAUGUUGUUGGUUGUUCAUUCUGCCGUGUCCAUGUUGUCGACCGUGCAAGAGAGCCGUGUUGUGAAACUACGAGACUGCACCCAACGUUUGCUCCAUGAGUACGAUUCUUAGUUUUGGUUCGCUUGUUUCUGCUGAGUAGAGCUCUUUGUCAUCUUUUUUUUUUUUGUACAGUAUGCACUGUAAUAAUGUACUAAUUAAAAUUAACAGCAACAGGAAACCAAAGUACAAUGUCUUAGAUAAAAUAUCAGCACGUAUACAGAGUGUAAUAAAAUGAGACUUACUGUGUUAUAAAAAUGUUUAUAUUUUAGUUGAGUGUAAGGUACAUCUGAAUUUAUUUUACGAUAGUGACUACAGUAUGUACCUAACACUAGUGUGUAAACAGUUUAUUCUAGGCAGUUGGGCAUGUAUUUUGUUGAUCAUUGUUAUUUUUCUGAUUUCUUGUUUUCACUUUUGUGUCUAGUCAGUUUCCUUUGAAAUGUUUCAAUACAUAUUUAGGUUGUUGGAUUUCCUCUGAGAAUGUCAAUUUCAACUGUUAUAUGCCAAGUAAAAGGGUACGUAUGUUUGAAAGUGAGUUGUUUAAUCUGUACACUUGUUUUCAAAAUGUGUAAGGUUUUUAUAUGUAAGGAAUAUUGAGAAAAUAAACUAAAUGAAAAAAUGAA